AAAUUUCAGAACUUCCCCACCACACCACUGCUGAAAAACCAGAGCCAAAUAUUCUUCUUAUAUAUACAAGCCUCCCACUUCCUCAACCUCGAGCAAACCAGUGGCAAAGCUCUCCGUGGUUUAGAUCAGACAUCUCCUCCUCCACUUCCAUCCCUCGGCCUCCAGAUGGCUACUGCUGUCUCGACCGUUGGAGCUGUCAACAGAGUACCGCUGAGCUUGCAUGGCUCUGGCUCGGGAGCUUCGGUUCCAAGCUCGGCCUUCUUCGGGAGCAGCUUGAAGAAGGUGAGCUCUAGCCUGAGCCAUGGAAAGGUGUCCACCGGCACAUUCAAGGUCUUGGCCGCCGAUAUCGAUGAGUCGAAGCAGACUGACAAGGACAGGUGGUCUGGGCUUGCGUUUGAUAUAUCUGAUGACCAGCAAGAUAUCACCAGAGGGAAGGGUUUGGUCGAUUCCCUCUUCCAAGCGCCCAUGGGUGAUGGCACCCACAUCCCCGUCAUGAGCUCCUAUGAGUACAUCAGCCAGGGUCUUCGCCAAUACAACUUGGACAACACCGUGGAUGGGUUCUACAUAGCCCCGGCUUUCAUGGACAAGCUUGUGGUUCACAUCUCCAAGAACUUCAUGAAGUUGCCUAACAUUAAGGUUCCCCUCAUUUUGGGUAUCUGGGGAGGCAAGGGUCAAGGGAAAUCUUUCCAAUGUGAACUUGUCUUUGCCAAGAUGGGGAUCAACCCUAUCAUGAUGAGCGCUGGAGAAUUGGAGAGUGGGAAUGCCGGAGAACCUGCAAAGUUGAUCAGGCAAAGAUACCGCGAGGCAGCAGACAUGAUUAGUAAGGGAAAGAUGUGCUGUCUCUUCAUCAAUGAUCUUGAUGCAGGAGCAGGAAGGAUGGGUGGCACCACUCAAUAUACCGUCAACAAUCAGAUGGUGAAUGCUACACUUAUGAACAUCGCUGAUAAUCCAACCAAUGUGCAGCUCCCUGGCAUGUACAACAAGCAGGAGAAUGCUCGUGUUCCCAUUAUAGUUACUGGAAAUGACUUCUCCACUCUGUAUGCUCCUCUCAUUCGUGAUGGUCGUAUGGAAAAAUUCUACUGGGCACCAACCAGAGAGGACCGUAUUGGUGUUUGCCAGGGUAUAUUCAGGACCGACAACGUUCCCAAGGAACAUAUCGUCCAGCUUGUUGAUGCCUUCCCAGGCCAGUCUAUCGACUUCUUCGGUGCUCUCCGUGCCAGAGUCUAUGAUGAUGAAGUGAGGAAGUGGCUUUCAGAAAUUGGAAUUGACAAGGUCGGAAAGAGGCUUGUUAACUCACGUGAAGGACCACCAGAAUUUGAGCAGCCGAAGAUGACCCUGGAGAAGCUUAUGGAGUAUGGUAACAUGCUGGUGAAGGAGCAGGAGAAUGUGAAGAGGGUGCAGUUGGCUGACAAGUACUUGAGCGAGGCUGCACUUGGAGAUGCCAAUGAGGAUUCUAUUAAGACUGGAAAUUUCUAUGGUUAGCACUCUAAUCCCAGAGACCUUGAUGGGAGGUCAAGGAGCCCAGCAAGUCCAUGUGCCAGUUCCAGAAGGUUGCACCGAUCCGUCUGCUACAAAUUAUGACCCUACGGCUAGGAGCGAUGAUGGAAGCUGCGAAUAUAAAGUUAAGGCCUAGUCCAAGUCUUGUAAUUGACGGGAAGCCUUGGCAAAUAGUCUUCUUUUUUAAGCAUGGAACGGAGUAAUUAUAUUAGAACUUUCUGUACCUAGCUAUGUUAUACUUGCGUAUUUUCUUCGAUUUAUAAAUGGGUUUUGUUUUAUGAUC